AUGGGCGCAAGCAACUCCAUUCCACUCAGAACUGAUCCUUAUUCUUACACCAAUGGCCGUUGGCUGCACCAAGAUGAGCUACAGCGGCAGGCUCGGGAUGUCCGCUUUGACUUCGACGAACUCAUGCGGGUGGUGCUUAGAACUCAGCCGGCGGCAAAGAAAGUCACUGCUUGUGAAAAACAAGAAGGGGGCUUUAACCGUGUUUUCCUGAUCACGUUAGAUUCCGGCCAUCGUCUCGCUGCAAAGAUUCCUACCUCCGUCGCCGGUCCCCACCGGCUGACAACCCACUCCGAAGUCGCAACGAUGGAAUAUCUACGCUCCAAGACUUCGCUCCCGAUUCCCACGGUAUAUGCGUGGAAUGAUGACCCUUCAAACCCGGUAGGCACCGAAUACAUCAUUCAGCAAUAUGCCGAAGGUAUACAAUUGAACCAAGCUUGGCCCUCAAUGGACUCGGUCCAGCAUCAGCAUGUCAGUAAAAAUAUCUCUUAUUACAUGCAAGAAAUGGCGAAUCUAGACUUCCCGGCCUUUGGAAGUAUCUACUUCCACGACGCCCCAUUCGAUGCCUCCAAAAAGAUCGCCCUCGACGAUUCCCGUUUUUGUAUCGGCCCGGCUUGUCUCAAGACGUUCUGGAACUGCAGCCCUGGGGAAUUGGAGCUAUAUGGUGGUCCAAGUCCUAAUUGUGGUCCAUGGAAAGAUUUAGAUUCCUACGCUCUAGGUGUUAUUGAAACAGGCCGAUCACGUGUGCCCCAAACGUCGAUGGUCAAGCGGACUCCUCUCCCCUAUCAGGGUACCGUGCAGGAACAUCUAGAUCUUCUCGAGUCUAGUGAAAAGGUAUUGAGGCGCCUAGCUCAAGAGCCGCAUAUACAACAAGUGUCUAUGCCGAUUUUGAUACACCCCGAUAUGUGGAAGCGUAAUAUCUUUGUAUCUGAGAAUGACCCAACGGUUAUCACGGGAAUCAUCGACUGGCAAUCGGCCGCUGCUAGGCCCGCUUUUUUCUACGUUAACCAGAUACCGGACUUUGCUGAGCCCCUAAACGACGAUCAGCAAGAAGCACUUGAUGACCCUGACACCCCUCAGAAGAUUAAAGCCUUCCUCAAAGACAUGGACAUCUGUGCCCAGACAUAUACAGUCGUCAUGCAGAAGCUGGUCACAAAAUUGGACCUUGCGAUGGACCUUGAUCCCACUCUAUAUCGACCGUUCCUAUAUAGCCAUACGACAUGGGCUUAUGGCUUGGUAGGGUUGCAGCAUGACUUGAUAGAGCUCUCGGCAGAAUGGUCUAAUCUAGGAUUGGACGGACAAUGUCCGUACGCUCCAAGCGAAAAGGAAAUUGCCAUUCAUAGGGAAAAUUUCGAGGAUUUUGAAACAGUGCAGAAACUCAGUUUGUCGCUGGUGAACUCGAUAGUGGCGGAGUCGGAUGGCUGGGUCCCGGUUGAACGCUGGCCCGUUGCGAAACAGGAAUAUGCGAAGUUGUACCGAGCAUGGAUGGACGCCGCACGUGAAUCGGAUAGUCUAACUGCCGAAAAGGCAGAUCGUAUGUGGCCCUGGGAUAUGAGACCUGAAAAUUGA